AUGAAAAUAAGAGACAAUAAUUUGUUAUGUUUUAUUAAAUUAACCAAGUGUCCAGUUAAACUAUCAAAAAAAUUAUAUAAAGAGCUUUCUAGUAAACUUAAAGAUGAAGUAAAUGAAUUAAAUAAGAUUGAAAGUAAAGAUAAAGAAAUUUUAAAAGAACUUCAAGAAUUUGAAUUUAACGAAACAUUUGAUAUUAAAAAAACAAAUAUUAAGAUAAGAAACAUUCUUGAUAAACUUAUUUAUAAAGAUGGAAAGUUGACGAAUUAUACAAAUUUAAGUAAAAUAGAAUUCUGUAAAUCUGAGAACAUUAACAUAAAAGAAUUAGAACCAGAAAUAGUUAAAUUUCUUAAAAAGGAAAUAUACAGUGAUAUCUAUUUAUCUAAAUUUGAUAUUGAUUACAUAUCAAUUUCAAUGUUAAACCUAUUAGAUGUUAAUGAUUACGUGUAUUUUGCAAAUAAAUUUUAUUUAUAA